UCAUUUUCCAAGCCCUGGCAUUGUCAAUGAAAAGUUCUGAACUUACAUAUCACUCACUCUCUGGAUCACAACGUUGUGUUUGGGUUUAUCAGUCUGAGAGUUCUCUCCCAGCUGUCCAGCAGAAACGUGUAAACAAAAUUAAUUCAGUUAAGUGACGUGUACAUUCCCCAAAACAAUUUAAUAAAACAAGGUACAAAUAUAAUAGAAAAAUAAAUAAAAUAGUGAUAAUAUACAACAAUAAAUAUACAAGACAAUAUACUACCUCAAUUAUGGCUAGCACAUUUUACUAUUUUGGUUUUGGCAGUAACAUGCUGGCCAGCAGGAUUCACAUUCAAAAUCCCACAGCCAAAAGGAUUGGAGCUGGUAAAUUGGAGAAUUAUCGCUUGGAUUUUCAUACAGGAUCGAAAAACUGGCUCGGGGCACCCGCCACUAUCGUGGCCACACCCGGAUCUCAUGUCUAUGGAGCCAUCUGGGAGAUCGAUAUGAAAAACCUCAAGGAUCUGGAUGAUCAGGAAAGUGUAUCCGAUCGCGUCUACAUUCCGAUCAGCAUAUCUGUACUUUCGUUGGCCAGCAACUCCAACAUCACCUGUCGGGCUUACCACUUGACCAAUCAGCCUGCUACGAUAGUUCAUGCCACAGGUGCCCAGGAAUACAUUCCCCUCGAUCGCCAGCCCUCCGAAACCUACCUCAAGGUUCUGGUUAAGGGCGCCAAGGAGACGGGUAUUCCGGAUGAGUACAUCAGUUGGCUUAGAGGCAUCAAGCACAACGGGCAAACAGUGCCGGCCAUGGAAAAAAAACUGCAACUGGAUCAAGUACAACUUAGCUAAAUUUUUAGUUUCCUUUUAAUGAUAUUAUGAGUGAUAUUUGUUCCUGAGAUUAAUGAGAAAUUAUAGAAAAAUU